UCCAGCUUGGGGUCAUAACUGUGGACUGCGGGUGGCCAGGGGAGUUCUCCCCUCCUCCAGUGGAAAGCCAGCAGGAAGAGGAGAGGGCAUCAAGUUUUCUGCACCAUGAGCAAGAGCGCUGCUGAGAGGAAGAGAGAGAGCAGGGCCAGGCAAAGCAAGGAGCAAAAACUCGCCGAGCGAGAAAAGGCAAGGAGAGGAAUGAAGAUGAUGAGGGAAGGCCGGAAGCUGAACAAUGCUUACCAAAAGAAGCACCGGGAAGAAUCGAGGAAGAGGAUGCGGGCCAUGAGGCAGCGGAGAAAAGAUGCGGAGGAAGAGACGCUGAAGAAGAUGGGAUCUGCUCAGGGGUUGCCAUUAACAUCGCGUCGAAUGUUUGGGCAACUGAUACAACCAGGAGUAAAAAUGGAGGACCAAGACCAAGAAGAGUCUGAAACAGGGGAGAUGUCAGAGGCGGGAGAAAGAGGCCUCCAUGUUGUCCAGGUUGAGCUCCUGACUGGGGUGUCUCCAUUCCCAAUAAAACAGGAACCAGAGGAAAGGCAUUGGGAAGCCCAGUGGCAGGAUUUCCUGCAGCUGGGACAACCCCCCCACUCAGGAUGGAAAAAUCCAUGCCUGCCUGAGCCAGUGUCAGGAGAGGGUCCUAUGGAUUUUAUCACCCCGGCUGUGAAUGGAGUAGCAGAUGCCAGUCAGCGGCCUCAAAGUGAGAUUGUGAAGCAGGCCCUCCCAGACCUUUCUCGAGGACCCUUUGAGCUCUAUGAACGCAGCCAGGAUUCUCCUGCGAAAGUGAAAGAAGAGAUUCCAGACCUCUAUGGCUUGGAGGUGCGCUGCCACCACUUCAGGCACUUUUGCUAUCAGGAGGCCAAAGGACCCUGGGAAUCGUGGAGGCAGCUGCAGGAGCUUUGCUGCCAGUGGCUGAGGCCGGAGAAACACACCAAAGAGCAGAUCCUGGAGCUGGUGAUCCUGGAGCAGUUCCUGGCCAUCCUGCCCCUAGAGAUGCAGAUCUGGGUUCGAGGACAUGGCCCAGAGACUUGCGCCCAGGCGGUGGUUCUGGCAGAGGAUUUCCUGCUAAGGUUGCAAAUACCUGAGGGGCAGAAGCCACAGGUUCCACUGGUGAUUGAGGAGGCAGUUGCUAGUUCACCGAAGGCAGAACAGGAGCCAUUAGAGAAGGCACAACUUUAUACAGAGGGACUGUGGAUAGACAACAGGAGGGCCAGCAUGUUGGCUCCUGGGUGGCCAGAAGCAAAAAUGAAGAAGCAGGAGCAAGGACGACCCAAAUCAGGAGAAAGCUUAGCAGCGGAAGAAGGAGACCUCCAAGUUGUCCAGGUGGGGCCUGCGGGGGAAUUUCCGGCAGGGGCGGCAGCAUUACAGCAAAUUAACCUGGAGGCAGAUGAGGGCCUGUGUCGGCGCUGGGAAGCCCAGUUGCAGGAGUUCCUCAAGACAAUGCAGUCCCCUCCCUCGGGAUGGAGGCACCCACGGCUGCAUUUGCCUGCAUCGGGAGAGACUGCAGAGGAGGAGGGAACGAGCGAUGCCAGCCAGUGGCCCAAAGGGCUGUGGCCCCUCCAAAGCCAGACAGACCUUAGUGGAGAAGCCCAGCAGGCUCCCAGUAACACAGACUCCCCUGAGAAAGUGGAGGAGGUGCUUCUGGACGAGGACACCGUUGGCAUGGAGAUGCGGUGCCAGCAUUUUCGGCAUUUCCACUACCGGCAGGCCAGAAGGCCCCGGGACGUCUGCAAGAGGCUCUGGGAGCUUUGCCACCAGUGGCUGAAGCCGGAGAGACGAUCCAAGGAGCAGAUCUUGGAUCUGCUGAUCCUGGAGCAGUUCCUGAUUGUCCUCCCUGCGGAAAUGGACAUCUGGGUCAGGGAUCGUAAGCCAGAGAGUUGUGCCCAGGCGGUGGCCCUGGCAGAGGUCUUCCUCCUGCGGUCACAAGAGCCAAAGAGACAGGAGCAAAAGGUGGUGGAAUCUCCAGAGGAUGAGCUGAAUUCUCUGAAGUCUGAGCAAGUCCCUUCAGAUUACCUGAAGAUGAUGCAGCAGCUCCCCCUGGAGGCCAAUGACAAGGAUGUGGACAUCAGUUUGUUAAAUCAGUACAUACAGAUGAACGUAUGCUUCAAUGUGGAAACGCGGGAACUGCGGAAGAGGCUUCUGGCCAGGCAGCGCCAGAGACGCCACAGAGCGCGGCAGAGUCCGGAGCAGCGGCUGCAGCGGAGGCGCAUUGAAGCCGAAAGGAACGCACAGCGCAGAGCUACCGAGACCCCCGAACAAACGGCGAUUCGCCGUCAAAAGGAUGCCCAGAGAAAGCUGCAAAAAAGGAAGUGUUCCCUGGGUGCCCAAUCUCUGGCUGCACUUCGAGUAGACUCUAGCGACUCCUUGAUGGGGGCAGAACAUUCCAUGCUCACACCCAGCAUACUCGCCAUCGGAGAAGGUGGUGAAGUGACUGAAAACAGCUUCAGUUCACUUGGCCUUUCCACCUUUUAACAUUGCACCGAAUACAUGGAUGAACGGGGCUAGAUGAAUCCCAGGCACUGGGUCGCCGGGGGACGCAGAAAUGUGAAAUAUUUUUCUGGCCCUGUUGAAGAAUGUAUACACUCAGCCAUAAGAAAAAGUUAACAUUUGGUUGAGUUGGAAUGUGAGUUUUAGCAUCUUCCGUCAUGUUUUAACUGUUUUUAAAUUAUAUAUAUAUAUAUAUUUAUAUAUUGUUUAUACAUAUAUAUUGAAUUCACACCAGAGCAGAUAUGAUGGGCUAGAAAAAUAUGUGCAAAAUAAUUUUUUUUUAAA